AGUAUCAUUGCCAGGUCAAUGUCAAAAGUCAAAAUAGUGUCAUUACUUGAGUGUCUAUGCCCAGUGUUGCCAACUUGGCAACUUUGUAGCUACAAUUGGCAACUUUUCGGAGUCCGGUUUUAAAAACGUGUAGGUUGAAAAAUAAUACCCAAUCUAGCAACUUGGUUAUAUUUCUAGCUACAAGCUUUAGGUGGGAGUUGGCAACAUUGUCUAUACCACAGAGGCCAAUGAUAGAUAGCUUUUUCAAAUGUCAAAACAACCAAACAAAAACAGCUGGCCAGGCCACGUGAUAAUCAGGCAGCUAGUGUGUACUAGUGUUUUUAUUUUAAUUUUUGUGAAUUAAUAUUAACAUAUAAUAAUGGGGAAAAAGAAGAAUAAAAAUAAAGUUAGUGGUGCUGUGAAGACCGCCGCUAAAACUGAAAAGAAGCUGGCAAAUAAACUGAAGAAAGAACUCGCGAAUCUUGGAGAGGAAGAUAUAGCUAAAGUAAUAGCAGAAAUAGAGCGUGAGGAAGCAAAGCGUUCGGCGGCCACAGAGAAAUCCCUGCCGGGUCCUCCGACACCUCGAGCAUAUGCUUCACUAACCCCGCACCCUACCAAAGAUGAACUUAUCCUGUUCGGUGGGGAAUACCACAAUGGUCAACAGACACAAGUUUACAAUGAAUUGCUAUUCUUCAACCCCGCAAACAACACGUGGAAGCAAGUCAAAGCCCCCGGCGGCCCGCCCCCCAGGAGCGCGCACCAGGCUGUCGCGACACCUGCUAACAAAGGAGAGCUGUGGGUGUUUGGCGGCGAGUUCACGAGCCCCAGUGAGACACAGUUCCACCAUUACAAGGAUUUGUGGUGUUUCUCUUUGGCUGAUAAAAAGUGGGAGAAGGUAGUGGCCAAAGACGGCCCUUGUCCUCGUUCAGGGCACCGAAUGGUCCUCGUGGGCAGAAAACUGAUGGUAUUCGGAGGGUACGCGGACGACGGCAGGGAAUGCAAGUACUUCGACGAUCUGUACGCGUUCUGUCUGGACACGAGGACUUGGAGUAAGGUGGCGGCUACAGGGAGAGGACCCAGCGCGAGGUCCGCUUGUGUCAUGUUUCCCGUUGGGAAUGACGGGAUAUACAUAUACGGCGGGUUCUCCCGCGUGCGCGAGGGGCGCACGGAGCGCGCCUGCACGCACGCGGACGUGUUCCGGCUGGGCGCGCGCGCGGGCGGGGGCGGGGGCGGGGCGGGCGGCGGGGGGGCGUGGCGCGCGGGACGCGGGCCGCCCGCGCCGCGCCGCGCCGCGCAGGCCGCCGCGGUCAGCGUGCACGGCAGGGGGUACGUCUUCGGGGGAGUUAGCGACGUAGAAGAAACCGAAGAGGAACUGAAAGGAGAGUUGAGUGAUGAGCUCUUAAUGGUUGACCUCGACUCGGGGAAAUGGCACGGGGUGACCUUGAGGGGGGAGCAGGUGACCUCCGCUAACAGUGAUCAGAAGAGUGUGGACGAAGAGGUGGAGAAAGAGGAAGAUGUCACAGUGGUAACAGACGAAGUGUUCACAAUGAAGCUGGGCCCGGCCCCGGCUGCUCCUACGUCUGCCCCCGUGACGGGGCAGACGCAGCCUCGCCGCGGGCCCUCCCCGCGCAUGUCCGCCAUGAUGGCCGUACUCAAAUCAACAUUGUAUGUUUACGGGGGCGUGCUGGAAAAGGACGACAAACAGUUUUAUCUCAGCGAUAUGUAUAGUUUAGAUUUACACAAGCUGUCGGAAUGGCGGACAAUAAUCGAGCAACCGCCGCUACCGGACUGGCUCGGAUCCGAUUCUGAAUACGAUUCCGAUUCCGGAUCUGAAUCGGACGAGUCUGAUUCGGAUGAAGACUGAAUAGUGAAGUGAAAAAUUUGGAACUAAAGAAGUGGAUGUAUUUAUAAGACUUUAUUUUUGAGUAACGUGGUGUGGACUAGCAUUCAGUUAUACGUGUGAUGGUGUUCCUUAUUGACGUGUCUAGAAAAAUCAGUUUCGACGAACUUUUUCCGACAAACGUAUUGUGUGUGGUAACCAGCCAUCAUUGGCUCCAGCAGUAGGACAUUUUAUUGUGAACAUGGACCGAAACGGCGACAUAAUAGAAUUUAUGAAUGGGGACAUUUGGUGCAGACAGUGCAUAUUGUGCAUUUAUAAACCGCUCGUGCCCAGCAAUUGUUGCAUGUUUAUGUAAUUUCGCAUUCACACCCUACCUACUCAUGGGCUUCAUUUCUACGUACUCGUUGGAGUCAGAUAAAGACCAUGAGGCUUGGCUCCAGCGCAGUUUGGACGGGGUGGGCGGCGGCUCGCUGCUUACCGCCGACCAGGACGGUGUUGGCGGGUGGACUUCAGCCGACCCACCAUGAUAUAGGUGGAGUGGGUCGAGUGUCCAUCAUUGUCGGUGCAGCAGACGCCACGGGGGUGACUUGCACCGAAGUCGUCGUGUCUCCACCGCAUCCACAAAAUUGUAGCACCCUAAAAUUAAAAUAAUAUAUUUUUUUGUGAUAAUUGAUUUAAAAAGUAAAUAUAUAAGUAGUUUUAUAGGAUUUUUAUUGAAUUUUAAAACUUACCAGCGAAACGUCUUCGUACCGAUUAUUAUUUCCAACUGAAAGCCCUCAUGGUCAAAGGCCAAGUGCGUUUAAUUGUUUAUAGUUAAAUUUCAGCUACGACAACAGUUUCUUUAGGUACUGUGAAGUGAACAAUGCCGGCUUUUAAACAGUUCGCACAAUACAAACACACUCACAUUCAUCUGAUACGUUUCAUCGACAUAAUAUGAAUUUAACGCCGCCAUUGUCCUUAGAAUAUUAAAAUAAAUGUAUUCUUGAGUAAGAUUAUAUAUAAGUUUACGCUUAGGUAAUUAAUUGAUUAUGGAAAAUCACGCGUCAACAUUUUUUAUGAAUUUUUAUUUUUACGAAAUUAUAUGACACAUUUCGAGGUCGGCAUUACUCCUAUUUCAGAAAUAAAACGAUAGACAGUUAAUCGCGAAAAUCAUUUUUAUUAAGUUGAUUUUUUUAUAAUAAGUUCCUGAACAAAAAGCGUUUCAUCCGGUCACCCAAACUUGCAAUAAAGCAAAAACUCUCACUUUUAUAACAUCUGGACAUUGAUUUUAGGGUUCUACAAUAUUUUUGCUUUGAGUAAUAGAAAAUAUUAUUAUAGAUGAAGAUUGAAGGAGUAAAAUUUUAAUCGAAUAAAUAUAAAUUUUUCUAAAAAUUUCAUAUCGUCAUAUAGCUCUAAUUACGGUACCUAUGGAAAGGAAAAAAUAUUACAAUACAUAAUUUUCAACUAUUAUAUUAAAUUAUAAUCUUGUAAUUACCUACCAGCAUUUUUGACAUUAUUAUGCAAUUAAAUAUAAAAGUUUUUUAAACAUGUUGCACGGAAUUCAUUCCUUGAAAAAAAAAAAAACUCCAACUUGACUGAAUUUUUUUAAGGUAUACAUAAACAAACAAUACCACCUAGAGACUGGACCUUUUGUGUUGUGAGAUUUUUACUAAAACGUGCCACAAAAUUUUAAGCAUGUUGCUAAUGAAAUUAAGGCAUUAUACUAGUUUACUGGUUCUUAAGACUAUUGUAAACAAUGAUCUGUUUGCAUUUCUAUAUCAUUUCUCGUUGGUACUCUACAUAAGCGACCAUCGGUCACUGUACACAAACUUCAACUUUACGGGAUAAAGGUCUCCGUUUAGUCGAUAGUACGUACAGUACUAAUUGUUUUUAAGAAGGCUUUGUUUGAAGUUUGAAGCAUCAACAACCUCGCAAUAGAUUAUAAAUAAUAAAAUUUUAUCUAUGAAUUUAGCCAGUUCCAAAUAUAAAUUUAAAAACCAGGUCAAGUAGGAGUUGAACUCGCUCACCGAGGGGUCCAUACAGUCCAAUAAUAAUAAAAACUAUAGACAAUAUACAUACAGUUUUUCGAUGUAAAUUUCCACUUUGAUCUAUGAACUGAAAAUCAAACUUCUAUUUUUGUGUAAAAUUCAACAAAUUUUAUGAUGUAUCUGCCUAGUCUUGCGGGGUUAUUGAUGUUUUACAAAUAUGUAAGCAUGUAAUAUUUAAGGCAAAGGUAGCAUUAUCUAUCACAGCCGAAUCAUGUAGAUUUGGCUGUGAUAAUUUAAACAAAUUAAAAAAUGAAUGGUAAAUAAAAAAUGUUAAUACAUGUUACCAGGUGUAAAGUAGUAUAAGAUCCAAAUUUGUGAUAUAUGAGUCAAAAGGAAUCGUUUAAAGUCAUAUUAGCUAGGUUACGUAAAUAAUUCUUACUUGUGUUAAGUAAUUUAAACAGUGUAUAUGUUUUUGUUUGAAACAGAAAUUUAUGACGUAGAAUUUUGUAAAAAUAUAUUAUA